AUGGCGCCAGCAUCCUACAGAGAAUGGGUCUCCCUUUUGUUUAGCGCUUUACGGAAGGAACCGAGGUCGCCCAAGUAUAAGUAUAGAACUACAAUCUGGGAAGCGAAGGAACUGCUCAGGGAGAGAAAUAGAGCCUCUUUACAAAUUGACACUAGCAAGGAGGUGAAGAUAUAUUCAAACAGAACUUUUCUGAAACUUUCGCCUGAUAGGGCGUUAAACGUCCUUUUAAGAGACUUCCAGCUACAACCUGAGCAGAGUUUCAGGCUUAUACGAACUGACGUAGCUCCAAGGAAAAAACUGAAAAGCCCUGAUGAGAAUUGGAACAAAGUGUUUCCCUUGUUUGAAAACAGAAUUGUCGAAGAGCUAGACCUAUCCAUUCCAAAAUGUGCCUUUGAAAGAGAGUCGUUCAACUACUGUUAUGCGCUGGGGUUAUGGUCGCGUGAUAAGAAGACCCGUUUGAGCCAGAUCGCUUGGCCACACCCUAUCUUUUCGUUUAGUUGUGUUGGCUUGGGAGUAAGACCAGAAGUUUACAGUGCGUUGAAGGAGGAAGGUCAUGUUUUCAUUAAUCCUGCAAACAGCGUAGAGUUGCCGUACUUUAGUGUAGACAGCAAGCUUGUCCCCAAGCAUUGUGACGCUGUUGCACUCUGCCCUCGCUACGUACCUGAGCACGUUACACUAUUUGAAGAAGGCGCGAUUAAUAUUAAUAAGGAUCCAGUGCCUUGCACCGGUGAAGAACUUUCAGCGGUGACUCAGGCAAUCACAUGUACCUACCUUCCUUUGCUUUCUAAAGAACCAUUCCGCACCUGCGGGGACGAUUUGGCUAUCUGGAGUCCCACUACCGAUGGCGCUCUGGACAAACGCGUAUUUACCUUAGAUCGCCUAUAUGGACAUGCCACCCUGCACAAAAGGUUUUGGAGCAGAGCGACUUACACAGAUAGAUCGUGCCCAGGCGACAUUAUCAGAAGCACCAUUCUCUCAAAUAAUUCGAAUAUGCUUCAACUAAUGGAGGAGUUCAUGAAACAUUACACCACAUUCAAUUUGUAUUCCUUCUGUUGGAGAACACUAAAUGACCAGAGUAGCGCUGUCUACAAAUUAAAGGAUCCAGUGAGUUUUACGGGCGAGGUUAAACCUUGGGACGCUUUUAUUUGGAACGAGUACCAGACUUUGGAAAAAUUACCGGUACCUCAUUCUGUUGACGAGUUGGUGUCUUUGAAAGCUCAAUUUGACGAAUUCUUAAAACACCUGUCACGAUAUUAUGCAAUGGUAACCUGCGAAAUGAAGCAACAAAUGGCAGAGUUUUUCGUCACAACCGACGCGGAUUCAGAAGGCGGUAGAUUUCAAGAUACUCCAAGAGUUGUCCCGACCACUUUGAUCUUACGCGAUAUCCUACUAAAUGGGAAAUGGUUCAAACACUUUUAUCCGGGACUACAUCUUUUAAUGUCAACCAAAAUUCCUUCUUGUGACAAAUUAGAUGACUGUUUUGUUCCAUUGGACGACACUUCAAUCGCUCUGGGUUGUAAAUUAGACAAACUAGUAAAAGAGAUUUUGCUAGUUGAGAGCUACGUUUAUGGAGACAAAAUCCCCCCAAAGAAAUUACUAAUUGUGAAUCCGAGCGCAGAGGACGAGAAUUGGAAAAUUGUGAUACUUAUUAAAGAUUCAAUCCCCAAUCAUCUUUUGAAAACCCUAAAAUUCAACACCAAGAUUUCAAUUCAAAUUGUGAAAGACAUUCGACAGGCUACUGGCGUUGAAAAUGGAAGCUGCUCUUGGAAAAAAAUGAUUGAUGAAAACGUCUUCAUAUAUGCAUACAAACUGGAAACUGAACCAAGUGCCACACAAGAGGAUACUAAUCGCAUGAUAAAAAAUGUUAUUGAUGAAAUGCAUAAAGGCAAUUAA